AUGCAGGGGAAUAAGAAGUGCACGGACGGGUUCAGCGACUCCUCAAGCAUCGGCAGCGUGCUGGACGAUGCAGAUAGGGAGGUGAGCAGCCUCACGGACCGGGCGUUCCGGAGCCUGUGCAUCUCGGAGGACACAUCCUUCAAUGACUCCGACCUGGGCCUGUCCCCAGAUACCAGCCGGCAGGUGUUCGGGAAUUUUCACCAGGGAAUGGUGAGCCACACGCACAGGAAAAGCGGCCUUUGGAGCCAGUUACCGUCUCAAGGCACUGAGCACACGGGCUGGGCAGCCACAUUCCAACAGCAGCCCAAGUACGUUCAAGGGGAGGAAAAGUAUCCCAAAGGCAGCCCCCCACUGACACCAGCCCACAGGAGACUGGAGGUGCCAGUUUCCGGCCUGAGGAGCAGCAACAAGCCUAUUUCUAAAGUGUCAUCAUUAAUUAAAUCCUUCGACAAGACCGAGAGCCAACGCUGUGACAGCAGGCCUCCUACCAGCAAGCCCCCGGCUCUCAAAAAUCCCCCCAAAUUUGCUCCUCUUCCAGAAAGUGGUGUCAACUUCUGCUUCGAUUCUGCCUUUUUGACCGUCAGAAGGGUGCCUGCAGAAGUCUCCAGCACCCAUCAGAAUAGCCACCAGCCUGGCAGGAAGCGUGGAGAGCAGGAGGCCCCCACGAAUCCCGAAAUGGCCUGUCCUGGCUCCAGCAGCUUCCUCCCAGCACCUGAAAACGCAGCCAACUCGUUUGAGUACAAGUUCCCCUCUCCACCCCACCAACCGGCCAAGGGGGAGCCUGGAAGAGGCAAGGAGUGGGCUCGCAAAGGGACCUUUCUUCACAGUGAAAACAGUGCUUUUGAGUCAUGGAAUGCCCACCAACCAAGGCUGCCCGAGAGGAAGGACGCUGCUGAGGCUGUCCCAGAAAGCAAAGCUCCCAAGCAUUACGAGGACACGCCCUUGUUAAGGGAGCCCCAGGCCCCUGAGCGCAAGGUCUCUCCCUGCCCGGUCCGGGCCAGCUGUGGUCAGGAAGAGAACAGGCUGGCAGCAGCGGCUCUCUCCACAGCUGGAUCCUGGGGACCUAGGGAUCCAGGAGCCCAGGUAUUCACUAUGGAGGGAAAAGCUUCCAGCUCCCAGCCUGACCCUCAGCUGAAGCCAACACAGGCCCCAUGGAGGAAAGCAAAGAUGGGCAAAGGAGGGAAAGAAAGUCUACAAGACGCUUCAGAAGAGAAGAAGCAGACCCAUAGGCGAGGCCCAGGCUUGUAUACAAAGCACAAUCCCCAGGAGCAGUUUCCAGAAAAUGAUGCAUUUGACCUGCCUGUGGAGCCCAGUGAGCAUUACAAUCCUCCUUUUAACAUCAGUAAGCUUCUGACCCCCGUCAUACCCACCAAGAACGUCCUGGAUUCAUCUGACAGCCAGCCGGGGGAGACAGCCUCCUCGCCCCCAGGCCAGCUAAACGGAUACCAGGAGAAGGAGCCCAGUGACUGCCAGUCUCGGGACAGCUACAAAUCCAGAGCCCCCAGCCUGCUUUUCAACCUCAAGGACGUGCGGAAGCGCGUUAAGAGCACAUACAGUCCCUCGCCUCUCAUGAAAGGCCUCGAUGAGAAAACCAGAGGCAGGCAAGAACCCAUGAGCAAUGGUGUCACCCUUCCCAAUGGGCUUGAGGACAGCCCUCCAAACGAGCUUUCCAAGGAGAGACCAACCGACGCCCCUUCUGUAUCGCACAUCAGUACCCAGAGGGACCCUAAAGCCGACCCCAGUGCAGCCUCUGCAGACAACUGUCUGACUCUUACUUCACCUCCAGCUAUCACCAAAGCCCCCUUCUGUGUCAACGGGGAGGCUGCCGACGGGAACAGCCAUGAGAAGGAUGAUGCUGACGGAGAACCGGAGAUGGGUGCCACCAGGUCCAGCUGGUGUCCAGACUCCAGGGAACUGGUGACCAGGGGCCCCAGGAAGCACCUGUCGCUGAAGCUUUGUGGUAAAGAGCCUGAGGUGGGGAAGGCUGCGGAGAAACCCAAGACCCCCAGCCUAGAGAAUGAGUUCUUGAGAUCUGUCUCUCAGGGGACAGAACCUGAGAGAGAGGGAGGACUUCAGAACCCAAACUUCAACCAGAAAUUCUCCCCGGGGCCCCUGUCCCCUGAGGAGGAAGACGUGUUUUAUAGCGACAGCCAGUCUGAUUUCGUGCCAGGCCUCAAAAGCAAGGCCAAGGCCAGCACCAGCUCUUCGGAUCAGUCCUUCGCCUCGUUCGAGGACCAGCAGAAGACGUGGUUCACCGAGAGCCAGUGGGAAGACAGGAGGAACGACCUGAACACGGGCGACAGUCAGAAGGACGCAAAGGAAAGAGUGAUGGGGAAAGAUGAGCUACAGUACUGUGCCGUGAGUGACGGGCCUGCGUGCGUGGAGGAACACGGCAGGGGGCAGUCGUCGCAAGGAGAAGGGGAGAGUUUGUCUGGAGGUAGACCCAGGAAGGCGUCGAGAGAGGAAGCUAAUCUCAGAGGCACUCGGAUGGGGGGAAGUAAGGAUGCACCCUGUUCACACGCCAAAGACCUCACCCCCUCACCGUCUUCCACUUCAAACAAGCACGUGCUGUUUGCAAUUAAAGACAACACCCUCAGGGCCACCCCCGUGAUAAAACCUAUCAUGCUGCCCCUCUUGAGGGCCAUGUCCUCAGAGGACUCACUGGGCAGUGGCCACAAAGAGGAGGAAUUGCCAAGGCCGGGCUGGGGUGAGGAGGCUGGUCUUUGUGCCCCCAAGAGCCAGGAAAUGCCCAGCACCCCGACACCCGCCAGCAUGCGGGGCACAUACUUGAAGGGUGCGGCCUGCGAGGGCAUGGAGGACCACGGGCGGGCGCCCAGCACGGCCAGGUUGGAGACCUCUCGGCCAGCCCCAAAGGGAGUCGUCUCAUCUCCUCCACUAGUGGGAGAGGACGAAGGGCAGAACCCACCCCCAGAUGCCACAUGGAAGGUUGUGUUGAAUGAUGGCAAGAGCAGUUCUGCAGACCAGGGGAAGCUGGGUGCUCCAAGGUGCAUCCCCACCAUUGCUUUGCCCGAAGGCAACCUAGAAGACCAGCCACCCCUGCAGCAGCUAGGAACCUGUUGGGAAGACCAGACACAAGAUUUCAAAAGUCACUUUUUGUCUACACCCAGAGCAGGACCCCUGGGGAGAAGGUUGGUCCCCGGUGAGAUGGCAACUUCCCCCAACACCGGCUCCCUGGAGGAGAACAAUGUGUGCUCCCCGGCCGCCAGCAGCAUUUGGGAUGAGGCUUCCCAGGCUCCCAGCGAACUGGGCCUGCUGCCAGCGGAGCCUCCCCACACCAGCCCCUGGGUCAGCCCCGGCCACACCAGGGUCACCCGCAGGGAGGACCUGACACAUGCCCUCACAUGGGAGGCCAGCUCUGACCCCCAACUUGAGGCAUCAGCAGAAGACCUCAGGACGCUGUCUCCCAGAGGCUCACUGCUGGACGCAGCCACCAGCUCAGCAGGCCUCCCUGAGAAACCCGAGCUCCCUGCUCAGCUGGAGAGGGCGGCCGGCAAGCCACCUGCAGUCCCACCCAAGACAGAGAAGGCCCUGCGGCGGGCAAAGAAGCUGGCAAGCAAGAGGAGAAAGACUGACCAGAUGCAGGAAAAGCAUGGCGAACCCCGAGAGGAAAGGCCCUACCCGGAGGACUCGGAGCACAGGCCGCCAUCCCCUGGAGAGAGGCCUCGACCCAGGUUCCCCAUGGUCAGGUCCCUGCCCCCUCCCACGCACCGUCACUCAGUGUCUGCCUUCUCAGAACCAGUCAGGAGGCGGCCUGGGGCGCCCCAGGCCCUCACGGCCCUGCCCCUUUACCCUGCCACCCAGAAGGUUCUCCAAGACCCCCAAUCUGGAGAGUAUUUUGUCUUCGAUUUGCCGCUGCAGGUGAAAAUCAAGACUUUCUAUGACCCAGAGACGGGCAAAUAUGUCAAGGUCUCCAUCCCAUCCUCCAAGGGGGGUUCCCCUGAGCCGCCCCCGCCGGACGCGCUUGCUGCCCCCUACGUGCUGUACCCGGGCUUCCAGCCCCUGCCCGUGACGGCCUUGAUGCCACUGCGCUGCUCCUCUCAGCUCUCCGCCCCCACCUUCCUAAAGCAGGGCCCUCGCACCACUGAGGCAGCCAGUCCUGCGCCCCCGAGGGCCGGUGAUGCUGGCCUGCAGCAGACCCCUGGGCCUCACAGUGACCCCACCCAGCACUCUGCAGGUCAGCACCCCAGUGCGCCUCCCCAGAGCCCAGGGGAGGAGGGGGGAGAUGUUCCAAGCCUGGGCAUUAUCUCCACGGAUGACCUAGAGGACUUUGCCACAGAAGGCAUUUCUUGA